CAGGCAUCCCCACACGGCCGUCCUUCUCAGGAGGAGCCCUGGAGCUUGGCGACAGCCGCAGCAGAAGCCUGGGAGCAGAUGGAGUGGAGAGUGUGUGUGUGAACUUCGGCUCUAGGGUUGUGUUUUUUUUUUUUUUUGGAUGUGUGGGUUAAUGGACUUUUAGCACAAAGAAAACUCAAACUCAGCUGACCUGAAAGACUGGAAUUUCAGCUCUCUUCCUUCCCUGGGAUGUUUUUCCUCCCCCCUCCUCUCUAAGCCCUUUAAACCAGAUCACUGGGUCAGUGACUCUUAUUCAGCCGCCAGUUCCAAGGUUUCCAGCUUGUUUGGCUUGGAAAGAAAAACCACUACCUGAUUAGCGAAGCACUGGGGAGGUGCAUUCAUCUUGCCCUGUUGUCAGGAGUGAUCAGCAGAGUUUUAUGAAAAGCCCAGCAUUGCCUGAAAGGCGUCCUUGUCUGAGCCCGAAAUGAGAGGGGCACAGUGAGACCCCUUGGCCCGGGCGAGGCCCGCUGCCCUCCUGUCCUGAGCUGCGGGCUGGCUCAGCAUGAGCGCUGCAGGCCCCGGUGCACCCUGUGCCCUGCUUCUUCUGCUGCUCCUGCGUGUGGCCCAGCCCACCUUUGUCAGCCUGAACCACGGUCUGAGGGUGAACAAGGGCAGCUCGGCCUUCCUGUCAGCGGAGGACCUGCAGUUUGCCAUCCCCAGGGAGAAAGACGCCUGCAAAGUGGAGGUCGUGGUGCAUGAGCCCAUAACCCAGAGGGUUGGGAAACUCACUCCUCAGGUGUUUGACUGCCAUUUCCUCCCCAAUGAAGUACGGUAUACUCACAACGGUUGCCCACUUCUCGAUGAAGACACUGUGAAGCUCAGACUUUACAGAUUUACCGAAACAGACACCUUCAUGGAAACCUUUGUCCUCCGGGUCUACCUCCUGGAACCAGACUGUAGCGUCAUCCGGAGGAGCCGUGUGCUGGAGGUGUCUGAAUUCUACGGCCUGUCCCAAGUGAUCGAUAAGAACCUGCUCCAGUUUGAUUACGAUAGGACGACUGGCCUGGAGUGCACCAUAGAGCUGGACCCUGUGAGAACUCAUCUGCCAGCUCAUGGCCAGAUGGUCAUGGCGGACCCUCGCCCUGAAGAGCCUCGUGGAGAUCAGCCGCACACUUUUCUUCCUGAGUCCCAACUGGAAACAGAACUGAAGUGUCCAGGCAGAAGCUGUAUCCUGGGACUGAAGAAAAUAGGAAGUCUCAAAGUGAGCUGUGAGGAGUUCCUGCUGAUGGGGCUGCGUUAUCAACACAUGCACCCCCCUUCUCCCAACAUCGAUUAUAUCUCCAUCCAGCUGGACCUCACAGACAGCAGGAGCAGAAUGCUUUACAAGUCAGAGAGUGUGUGGUUGCCUGUCCACAUCAGAGCUGGCAUUCCGAACCAGAGUCCGAGGGCUGCAUUCAUGUCCCUGUUUAUUCUGGAAGUGGAUCAGUUCAUCCUGACCUCUCUGACUCCAUCUGUUCUGGACUGUGAAGAGGAUGAGACCCCCAAACCCUUGCUGGUGUUCAACAUCACAAGAGCCCCACUCCAGGGCUAUGUCACUCACCUCUUGGAUCACACCCGACCUGUCUCCUCAUUUACCUGGAAAGACCUCAGUGACAUGCAGAUUGCUUAUCAGCCACCGAACAACAGCCACUCGGAGAGGAGACAUUAUGAGGUGGAGCUGGAGGUGUAUGACUUUUUCUUUGAGAGAAGCGCACCCAUCAUGGUCUACAUCUCCAUCAGAACAGCAGAUACCAAUGCCCCACGAGUGUCCUGGAAUACAGGUCUGAAUCUCCUGGAGGGCCAGUCUCGGGCCAUCACUUGGGAACAGUUCCAGAUUGUUGACAAUGAUAACAUUGGUGCCGUCCAGCUGGUCACCAUUGGCGGCCUGCAGCACGGACGGCUUACAGUGAAAGGUGAAUGAUCUACCUGUGCAACCUAAAGAGAACCCAAGGAGGAUUUUCUUCAAGAGCAAAGUUUAUUCAACAGGAUAU